AUGAGAAGCAGAGCGGGGCCGAGGGAUUGGCUCGCCGAUGUCACCAAUCGAGCAACUGGUUCGGCGAUCGGCAACGGAUUCCCAAGUGGUGACGACGGACGUUUCGUCGACGGAGGAGAAAUCGACGGAGAAGAGAAUCACGCCGCGGGAGCUGACGAAGAGGGAGAAGGUGGCGGCGAAGUCGGGCUGGCCGCCUGCCCUUCGAUGACCAAGCGCCUCCAGAAAAGGAGGCGACUGAAGAGGAUUCGGGGCCGGAGAGCGAGGCGAGACAGCUGCCGUCAAGGAGGAAGAUGGGGGCUGGCGGCGGUCUUGCUCGUCCAGCAACCUUGGGCAGGCCGCCUCACCGUCGAGAGGGAGACGCGAGGCCGGCGAUUGAGAGGAAGCAGGAGUGUGGCGGGAAUGUCUCUGCUGCCGCCUUCCUUGGGUCGUCGACGAGGAGCGAAGAGGAGAAGAAGCUGCCGGCCAGAGCGUGGAAGGUGGAGGGCGGCAUGCCUCCUUCCUCUGCAACCCUAG